ACUUCUGGUCCCUGUCUUCCGGGUUUGAGAGUUCAAGCCUCUGAGCUGGUGCGAUGAGGCUGCAGCGUCUCCUCCCUCCCCGAAGCCGAGGCUGUUAAGGCUGCCGAGCUCCUUGUGUGCCGGGUCCCAGACAUCUAGCUCUUCCUGCGGGCUGCGGGUAGCAGGAGAAAAGCGCCCAACUGUGGGGGUUUAGGAUCCUAAAGCUGGCUGUGAUCAUUGUGAUGGAGCAAGGAAAAGAACUAUUGGACUCAGAUUCUAAGGGAAUCAUGAAGAGGGAGAGUUUGAAAAGCCCCUUUACAGGAGAUGAAAGUAAGAAUAAUUUUGGAACUGUUCAACACUGUAAUCCUAAGGCAGAUAAGCUUAAAGAGAGAGCUUCAAAAUGGUCUAAAAGAUAUAGCCCACAAAAUUCUAAGCAUGAGGAUGCAGAAGAAAUACUAUCGACAUUGUCCCAAGAAGAUGAAAUUUUGGCUCAGAAUUCCUCUGAGAAUGAUGGCAAGUCAGAGAUUUGGGGAAAUUCUACAGGGAAAGAGGAGGAGAAGCCCAAUUAUGGGGUAGGGGACCCGGGAGAACAUGCCUAUGCUUCUGUCCAGCAGGGAGAUAAACCCUACAAAUGUUCCCAGUGUUGGAAACGCUUCAGAAAUAGUUCUCAUUUGCGUACACAUCAGAGGACCCACUCAGGAGAAAAGCCUUAUAAAUGCUCUGAGUGUGGGAAAUGCUUUUGUAACAGUUCACACCUGAUUCAGCAUCUGAGAACACACACGGGGGAAAGGCCUUACCAGUGUGGCGAAUGUGAGAAAAGCUUCAGCAAUACCUCCCAUCUUAUUAUUCAUGAGAGAACACACACAGGAGAGAAACCCUAUAAAUGUCCUGAGUGUGGGAAGAGUUUCAGUAGCAGUUCUCACCUUAUUCAGCAUCAUAGGUCACAUACAGGGGAAAAACCAUACGAGUGUCCUGUCUGUGGAAAAGGCUUCAGCUAUAGCUAUGUUCUGAUAGAACAUCAGAGGACGCACACUGGAGAAAAGCCCUAUGAAUGUCCGGACUGUGGGAGCAGUUUUAGUCAGAGUUCCACCCUGAUUCGCCACCAGCGGACGCAUACAGGUGAGAAACCCUACAAAUGCCUGGAAUGUGGGAGAAGCUUUGGUUAUAAUUCAACUCUACUAAAACAUCAAAGAAUCCAUACAGGAGAAAAGUCCUAUCACUGUCCAGACUGUGGGAAGAAUUUUAGUCGAAGUUCAAAUCUUAUAACAUACCAGGAAACACACACAGGAGAAGAAUCCUGUGGAGGUUCUGGAAAUGGAGAAUGUAUACAUCAGAACUGCAUUGUGAUAGAGGAGUGCAGAGGAGAGAAGCCAUAUAAAUGCUGUGAAUGUGGGAAGAGUUUUGGCCUUAGCACCCAUCUCAUUAGACAUCAGAGAACACAUACAGGAGAAAAGCCGUACAGAUGUUCUGUUUGCUGGAAGACUUUCAGUCAGAGCUCUGCCCUGGUGAUUCACCGGAGGAUCCACACAGGAGAGAAACCUUAUAAAUGUCCUGACUGUGGCGAGUGCUUCAGUCAGAGCUUUAACCUUAGCAGGCACCGGAGGAUCCACAGAGGAGAAAAGCCUUACAAAUGUGCUGACUGUGAGAAAUGCUAUACCAGAAGUGCCUACCUCAUGCAGCAUCGGAAAGUCCACGUAGAAAAGUCUUUUGAGUCUUCUAAAACGGGAGGUUUUCCUGCUGAACUGAUUUGGAAAAGCUGUUCAGGGCAAAUGGCCCCCAUCCCUUCAUUUUCAGUCUCAAAUCUGCCUUCCUGAGUCCUAGAGCCUGCUAAAUUUAUUUUCCCUUACUGAACUGUUGCAGAUAGGACCCAUCAAACAUCUGUGAUCAUCUGUGGGCUAACGUUUUAUUUGGCGUGUUUGCUGAAACAUCUGCAGAGUCAGCCUCUCAGGCUACCAGGUUGUCAGGUCUGUCCAGUGAGAGGCACUGCCAAUGAUGAUGAUAAAGGAGAAUUUCUUUUGAAACUUAGGAAUAGCCUCAAAGAAAAAUGUAGAGUAACCCCUGGGAGCAAGCAGAUGGCCAUGUGGAGACUCACAAUUAGGAGAGCCAGUGGAUUGCCUUACUUUUUCUUCCCUCAUUGAGGCAGGCUCAUUUCUGGCCAGAGCCCAGUGUCUUUGCCCAGUGAAAUGUUUUGUUUUGUUUUGUUUUGUUUUUUUAAGCAAAUACUGUGAUUUUGUGUCUGUUUUAUUGAAUCUUAGGAAAAAUUAUUUUGUAAAUGCAUUUUUAUUUGCUGAAAAUUAAUGUUGUAACAUCUAAACCCGUACUCUCUAUUAUUGUAGCCUUUAGCCAUAUUUGCCUAUUUAAAGCUUAAUAGCUUUAAAUUAAUAUUUAAUGAAAUUUAAAAUACAGUUCCUAAGUUGCACUAGCGGCUUAUGAAAUACUCAGUAGCCUUAUAUGAUUACUGGCUACUGUAUUGGAUAUCAUCAUAGGAAGUUCUUUCCAAACCAUCAUUCUUAACAGACUACGAGUAGGAAUGUGCUUUGCUGUUUUUGUUCUACAAAAAAAAUCGCAAUUAAAUAGAAAUGAAGUUGAAUUUUAAAGUACUAGGAGAAGAUUGGACAUUUUAGUUGUUGUCUGUUUAUGUUACACCAGUGGUCUUACCUAGUGAUGAUCUCAUUGUCUUGAGCGAAGCCGGAAUAAUAGGUAGAGUCCUACGUUUGAUUCUUCAGUUUUUUGAUGAAAUCUUUCCCUAAGUUUUCUUUUUACGUAAGGCCUGGUGAUUUCAGGAGCGGGGUUAUUUUUCUAAUAACCCACUCAUUCUGAGCCAAUGUCCAAGAACAGUUUACUUUUGGACAGCAAGAUUCAUUAGCUGUCCAAAUGUAGUUUUCCUCUAUUUUGAUGUGUUUUGGUUAUGGAUCUGCUGACACCUCAUUGUCUGUUCUAGGGGAGAGAUGCUUUGGAAAGGGUUAGGAUAUUCCAUUUUUCCCUUCUGGGACCAAGGGUGUGUGUAUAGAAAGAUCAGGACUUUGAGUUGUCCAGGAUUUCAUCUGGGUGGUGGGUUCAAAAAGCUGUGUAUUUCUACCUUUGUAUGCUAUGAAGAAUAUGUGGAGAUAGAUAUUAGGAAUUUGGGGCCAGACAGAAACAAUUGUGGCUGCUGCACAGUGUGACUGUUGGUAAAUAAAUCAAUUUGCAUGAGGAUCAUUUACUUCAUGGUUGUGGCACACUUGAUACUGGUGAGCCGAUUGUGUCUUUUGUAUUGCUACAAGAUUUUAAAAUAAAACUAAAAAAAACUGCUUAAGAAGUAA